AUGAACUAUUAAUUAUCAAUCUUAUUUGAGGCCUUGGAUACUAAUUCAGGGAAAGUAUUAGUCUCCGAAAAGAAGGACCAAAAUACCAAAACCAAAUAUUAUGCAUUUUAAUUUCUUAAGCCAGAGAUUCUUAGACAAUAUUUGCUGUAAUAUGACACAGCUCUUAAAUAAUCAAAAUACAAUUAUUUAUUUAGAUAAUAUUAGGAAAUGCAUCUAGGAAAUCCACACCUCCAUCUAUUUCAAUAUUACGAAGAUGGUAAAUUUUUGGAUCAAUAUGUGAUUGAUAAUGGCAAACAAAAAUAAUCUUUUAAUUAUUAAUAAUUAAAUUCAUACCUGAAAUAAUUGCUAAUAGCAUUGUAUGAAUUGCAUUCUAAGUAAAUACCUGGAAGGAUCUUCUCAAUUUACAACAUUCUAGUUGUUUAAGAAAGACUUGUUUUAAUGGAUUUUGGAUUUGGACCAGAUAUUAAGCAAGAUAAUUUAGAUAUACUGGCACCUCCUGAAUGUUUAGAAGAAAUAAUUAAUCGCAGUAAUAUUUUAUGUAUGCUUUAGAUGAAAACUAAAGAGAUUUCGAUUUAAAAUUUGAUUCUUGGUUGCUGGGAGCAAUAUUGUAUCACUUAAUAAAAUUUAGAUCGAUAAAUUAGGUUGAACUCUAAAAGGAUAAAUAUCAAAGAUAUAAAUAUAAUAGAAUAGAAAAAUAUUAUGAAUAUCUAAAAACACUUGAUUAUAUUCCAUGUUAAACUGGUAGAUACAAUUAAAAAUUACUCUCCUUUGUUGAAUCUUUGCUUACUUGUAACAAAGAUAAGCGAUUAUCAUUUUUACAAAUUUAUCAACAUGAAUACAUUGCCAAUCUUUAACUUGAAAAUAUAAAGGAAUAUCUAGACUUUUAUUCAAAAUGUCAAUCCAUUAAGGACUUUGAAAUUGGGGUUAUGACUACUGAAGGUUUUCCUGCUGUUACUUCAGGAUUAUCUUCAAGUAAUCCAAAAAUUCGUAUAAUAGAUUCUGUAGAAUCUUAUGUUGUUAUAAAACAAAAUAGUCCUUCUCCUAGGACUAAUAGUAAACCACAAGUUUAUAUAUAACCANUAAUAUUUGAAUAAUUUAAGCAUUAUUUAUUCAAUUGA